ACCCUUCUUGUUUGUAGCGCCGUACGAUUUUGGAACACUGACGAUGGGCCGCCUUUUUGUGUUAUACGCCUCCACAUCAACAAAUGUUGUUGUUGGAAGAAAAGGAAGACAUUAACAUGAUUCAAUCAAUCUUAAUUACCCAUUACCAUCAUCAACACUUUAUCUAACGUUGUUGCUAUCCAAGAUGUCAGCCGAUAAGAAGCUAUUGCCAAGCACUUUGUUCGAUUUAAAGGACAGAGUUGCAGUAAUCACAGGAGGAGCAACAGGAAUUGGCUUAAUGCAAGCUCGUGGAUUGAACGAUGCAGGUUGCAAAGUGUACGUUAUCGGAAGACGAGAAGAAGUUUUACAAAAUGCGGUAAAAGUUUAUGGAUUUGCAGGAUACGUUCAAGGAGAUGUAACGAACAAAAAAGAAAUUGAAAAAAUGGUUCGCGAGAUGGAAUCAAAAGAAGGAAAAGUGGAUAUCUUGAUUUGUAAUGCAGGUGGUUCAGGACCAACACAUCAUGGUGCCGAUACUUCUUUCCCUGAUCAUUCAAACGAUCCGGCACCAGGUGGAAAAUUGGAAAAGAUGAACGCGAAAGAUUAUAAAGAUGAAAUUCUGAAGAAUAACUCAUUCGAGAAUUGGAAUGAACUCUUUAUGAUCAAUACUCAUCAUAUCCUGUUUGUUUCAAUAGCAUUCUUGCCUUUGUUGGCAAAAGGAAGUGAAGAAGCUCAAGCAAAAACAAAGAAGGAAGGCAAGAGACCAUUCACAUCAACGAUCAUCACCACAGGAAGUAUUAGUGGAGUGGUAAAACAAGGACAGAUGCAUUAUGCGUACAAUGCAAGUAAAGCUGCAGCCAAUCAUUUGACAAAGACGUUGGCUUUCGAAAUCACCAGCACGACAAAUGCCAACGUUAGAGCCAAUGCUAUUCUACCAGGUGUAUACCCGUCUUCAAUGACAGCGGGUGGUAUUGAUGAGAAGAAUCAAUCAGAUCUUUCCGAUAAGAUGCCAACCAUGAACGUGCCAGCCGGAAGACCAGGUGAAACGGAAGAUAUGGCUCAAGUCACACAAUUUUUGGCCGCUUGCGAAUUCAUGCAUGGUCAAACAGUAAUUUGCGACGGUGGCUUUACUCUAACAGCACCUUAAAAAGAUAUACAUAGAAUAAAAAGUUGAAUUGCAGUGAAUGUUAUAAAAUACAAGAUGCAAUAAAAUUAAAAGAAUU